CCCUCAGCUGAGCUUGUUGGUGAGCUUGGUGAGCUUGUGGGUUAUCGGGCCCGCCAAUUCAGCGACCGCUACGCUAUUUGUGGGAACGGCGUCAAGUUUCGGGGCGCUGUGUUUCGCCGUCUGCCCUCCCUCUGGGCCUGCCGGUAGAAGGGACAGCCAACGCGAAUUGACCACCCUUUUGCCUGCCCAGAAAUUGAUGUCACCGCUGUAACCCUAGAUAGCUUUCCGAUUAUCGCGUCUCCGUCCCUUGUCCCGUGCUCAAUGCUCCCCUUUCUUUUCCCUCUCCCUCUUUUUGAGAGAGACAAACAACACACCUUCACAAACUCACGAGAUCCCUUGUUGGAGAUUUUGACAAUUGGCUUUUUUUUUCUGCUUUUUUUUUGUUCUUGGCGAUCCCGCUAUCCACUCGUUGAACUCCAUUUCCCGAACUUUUCUUUUUGGUGUUACCUGAUAUCAUCAGACAUCGUCAAAGUCACUCACUCACUUCAACCUCCAUAUUUUCCUGUUUGUACAGCCACAUUUUCCGAAUCCUCACAUCGAUCACUCCCGCCCCGCCGGUAGCGACAUCCCAGUCUAGCUCAGGCGCUAUCAUUGUUUCUUGCAGCUAGCAAAAGCCCAACUGCCGCGGACAGUGAGGGAGCCACCACUUUUUUCCUUUGGGUCGUUGCUUGGGUGUUGAUACAUCUUCCCACCGUUUUCACUUCUUGUCUUUCCGGACUUCUAUUCGCCAUUUAUUUCUUUUAAAACUCUCUUCGCCAAAAGGGAAGCGCCGAUAAUCACCACAUAUGGGCCUAAUACGGGCAGGGAGCCGGUUGGCAUCCCGUGGAUAUUCGGGUGGGGCAGCAGCGGUGGCAGCACAAAGGGGGCUUUGGGCUCGUGGGCCAAGGAUACCAAAUGAGAGGAGCGCACCACCACCACCACCACCCACGACGUUGAGAAGGAUACAUUGGACGCCACAACCUGGGCCACGACAGGAGAGGAGACAUUAUUCCAAGGAUAAAGACAAAUGCGAUGAUGACGAUCACCGCCACGAACCCUCCAUAUGGUACAAGAUGCUCGAGUCCGCCGCCACCUCCCUGGCCUCCAUCCUCGUCCUCGGCACCGGCUUCGCCCUCGCAGCCUACACCUACCACAAAUCCUACAAGUACUUUGUCCUCAAAAAAAUGUCCAACGCCUUCGAACCCGGCGAUCCCGUCCUUGACCUAGCCGCCAUAGGCAAAGACCUCCCCCUCUCCAAAACCGCCGCGGCAACCCACUGGAUCGAGCGCCCCGAGCAGUCCAUCGUGGACGAAAUCGUCGCCGGCAAGGAGGUAGGCCACUACCACCUCUUCAUCGGAGAAAAAGGCACCGGCAAAUCCUCCAUGCUCCUCGAAGCGAUGCGCAAGAUCGACGGCGACGGCGUGGCCAUGUUUGAAGCCCACGCCGACCUCGAAAUCUUUCGCAUCCGCCUCGGCAAGGCGCUAGACUAUGAAUUCCACGAAGAUUACAUGGGGAGUUACUUCUCCGAGCGCGGGCCCCGUGACACCACUGCCCUCCUCGACAUUGAACGCGCUCUCAACAAGGUUGAAAAAGUCGCGCUCAAAAGACGGGCAAGGGUGGGCAGGCCGUUGGUGAUUAUCAUUAACCAAAUGCACCUCAUCCGGGACGAUGAUGACGGGAAGGACCUGAUUGAAUUGCUUCAGCAGCGGGCGGAGCAGUGGGCUGCGUCUAAUCUUGUUACUAUGGUCUUCAACAGCGACGACUACUGGGUUUAUGAGAGACUGAAGCAGCUUUCCACCAGGAUGGCCGUGCUGACGGUCCUUGACCUGCCCAAGCACCAGGCUAUUGCCGCGCUGAAAAACUACCGCAGGAGAUACUUUUCUGAGGUCCCGUCGAGCGAAAUCCUAGAGGAGAUUUACGACCGUGUCGGCGGGCGCCUCAACUUCCUCAACAGGGUGGCGAAAUCACAAGACAUGCUCGCUACCUGCGAGGAGAUCAAGCGAGUGGAAAAAACCUGGUUUUUGAACCAAUGCUGGAUUUUGGGCGAGGAGAUGGAUGACGACGUGAUGGACCAGCAGAAGUGGGCGGCUGCUGCGGUGGUUCUCGCCACGGCGCUUGUGGAUAAGGAGGAGGAGAUGGAGGAGACGUAUGAUCCCGCAAAGGGCCAUAUCCUGCCUAGCUACCCUCUCCAUAUCGCGCAGGAGAUCAUGACGAGGGCGGAUUUUGUCAGGGCGUUGGAUAGGUUGAAUCUGUUUAGCAUUACGAGCAAGGCCGAGGUGAGGGCGAGCAGUGUGCCGAUGCAUAUUGCGUUCAGGGAGAUUGUGGCGCAGCCCGGGUUUAGGGAGCAUUUGCAGGCUACUAUUGAUCGGAUUGCUGCUAUUGAGAGCUUGGGGCGCACGAGGGAGAUUGUCGCGAAGGAUCUGGUUUGGGGGGGCAAGUAUGAGAUUAAGAAGAGUUAUGGGGGGGUGGAGGUGUCGUUGAAGCAGGAGGGGAAGAAGAGGGAUGUUACUGUUGUUGAGGAGGAUGAUGAUGAUGAUGAUGGGAAGAGUGAUGACUAGAUAGGGGGUGUAAUUUUGAGAAGGGGGUGGGGGUCAGUGUACAUAAGCAUCAACCGGAGCAUCACAUCUGGUGGUCAAGAAAGAGGAGAGAGUAAAUGUGUAAGAUAUAUGUCUUCCAUUAGGAUCCCUGUAAGAUAUCUUGCAUCACACUAGCCUAGCCAAGAAGCAUGUUUGGAGUUCUUAGCCAGUCAAUAUCACCAUCAGUCAAUGACAA